AUGGCAACCAAGGGCCGUCCGAAUCUGAUCAGUGUGAUGGCGACUAAGAGCCAUCCGAACCUGGCCGGGCAGAUCAACGAGAUGGCGACCAAGAGCCAUCCGAACCUGGUGAGGCUGCUGGGGUACUGCUUUGACAUGAGCUACGAGGCGGAGCGCAUGGAGCAGAUCGUGGUCUAUGAGUUCAUGGCCAACGGCGACCUCGACCGCUGGAUCGGAGCCGCCAGAGGCGUCGUUUCUGCAGCAUCGCUGGUGGCAGCAGGGGACGUGGCGGCCCUCAAGGACCCGCACCUGCAAGCACCGGACGACCUGGUGCUGCGCAUGGCACGCCUGGCGCUCUCCUGCACUGCCAUGCCCACGGCGUCUCGCCCGGGCAUGAGCCGUGUGCUGGCAGAGCUGCUGCUGCUCAAGGAGGAGUUCUUCGGGGAGGACGAGGACCGCAUGGCUGCCCGCAUCGACCACGAGAUUGAGAGCUCUCAGCAGGUCGACUUCAGCCUGGAGCUGGCGCGUAUUGAGGGCAUUCAAUACGGUACUUAG